UGGUUUGGUGACGUACGGGGGCGGGGCAUGCGGCGGGAGCGCUGGCGCGCGCCAUGGGGCCGGAGGAGCCCGACCUGUACCGGGACACGUGGGUCCGAUACCUGGGUGAGCACCGGAACCGGGCACCGGGCACUGACACCGAGCCUGACCCCGGGAACCGGGCGCUGGCAUUGCGCACUGACACGGGGAAGCGGUUACCGGCACUGGGCGCUGACAUUGAGCGCUGACACCGGGAAACGGGUCACGCGGGACACCGGGCACAGGCACGGGGUCCUGGGCGUUGACAUUGGGCACUAAAAUCAAAUACCACCACCGGGACCUGGCCCUGAUAUGGGGCACUGCACAAACGGGGCAGUGAUACCGGGCACCGGCCCCUGUUACCGGGUACCGGCACCGUGAACUGUCAGUGGCGCUGGGUACUGACCUCGGGAGCUGGGCAGCGGUGUUGGGCACCGAGCACAGCCCUGGCCACUGCUACCGGGUACCGACAUCAGGCACCAGGCACUGACACCCCGCAGUGCUUUAGGAACGUGACACCGGACACUGAUGCUGAGCGCCGGCACCACGCACCAGGCACUGCACUGCCCCGGGUACUGGGUACCACACGUGGUGCCGGGCACUGACACCCAGCACUGGUUCUACAGAGUGCUCUGGGUCCAUAGUACCGGGCACAGGGCACUGACACCCAGCACUGGUUCUACAGAGUGCUCUGGGUCCGUGGUACCGGGCACAGGGCACUGACACCCAGCACUGGUUCUACAGAGUGCUCUGGGUCCGUGGUACCGGGCACAGGGCACUGACACCCAGCACUGGUUCUACAGAGUGCUCUGGGUCCGUGGUACCGGGCACAGGGCACUGACACCCAGCACUGGUUCUACAGAGUGCUCUGGGUCCGUGGUACUGGGCACAGGGCACUGACACCCAGCACUGGUACCACAGAGUGCUCUGGGUCCGUGGUACCGGGCACAGGGCACUGACACCCAGCACUGGUUCUACAGAGUGCUCUGGGUCCGUGGUACCGGGCACAGGGCACUGACACCCAGCACUGGUUCUACAGAGUGCUUUGGGUCCGUGGUACUGGGUACAGGGCACUGACACCCAGCACUGGUUCUACAGAGUGCUCUGGGUCCGUGGUACUGGGCACAGGGCACUGACACCCAGCACUGGUACCACAGAGUGCUCUGGGUCCGUAGUACCGAGCACAGGGCACUGACACCACAGAGUACACCAAGUCCAUGGUGCUGGGCACAGGGCACUGAUACCCAGCAGCAGGUACUGUGCACUGCACCAGGCACUGAUAGGGGGUUCUGGUACUAGAUACCAGCAGCACACAGGGCAACAAUGCUGCACACCAACACCGGGCACCUGUCACUGUCACCAGCACCGACCCCAGCUAGUGGCAUCGUCCACCAGCACCAGGCACGGGCACUGAGCAGAGACCAGAGAGCAGAAGUGGGCACUGUCACUAGCACUGGGCAGCCACAGACACUGGCAGUGGUCACCCCAGCCCUGCUGUGCUGGUGGCACAGGCACCCCAAACCCCCCCUGUGCAAGAUCCAUCCCAUGACAUUGGGACACCCUGGAGAGGUGACAUGGGGACAGUCGGUCCCUGAGCCUACCAUCCCCUCAGGUUAUGCCAACGAGGUGGGCGAGUCCUUCCGCCCUCUGGUGCCAGUGCCGGUGGUGUGGGCCAGCUACGGCGUGGCCACCGCCUACGUGACCGCCGACGCCAUCGACAAGGGUCGGAAGGCUGCCGCCGCCCACCCGCAGGACCCCACGCGCGUGGGGGUGGCCGUGGUGGACACCUUCGUGUGGCAGAGCCUGGCCUCGGUGGCCAUCCCCGGCUUCACCAUCAACCGGCUCUGCGCUGCCUCGCUGGCGCUGCUGGGCUCCCUCACCCGCUGGCCCCUGCCCGUGCGCCGCUGGACCACCACUGCCCUGGGGCUGGCCGCCAUCCCCCUCAUCAUCACCCCCAUCGACAGGACUGUGGAUUUCCUGAUGGAUUCCAGCCUCCGGAAGCUGUACAGGACCCCGGGAGAGCCCCCCACGUCCCACUGAGCACCGCCCCGCGCCCUGGGAAACUGGGGCAUGCUGCUGUGACCCACCUACUGUGACCUCUCACUCUGCUGACCCCCAGAGUGGCCACCCUGUCCCACACUGGUCCUAAUAAACCAUUUCAAACAUGA